GGGAGGCGCCGCCUCCUUCCUUUCGGCCUGAGCCGCCAUUUUGUAGGUAUGUGUGAGAAGUAGUGCUCUUGUCACGCUGCGAUAACAGCGGCUGUUUGCCAAAAUGACAAACACAAAGGGGAAAAGGAGAGGGACACGUUAUAUGUUCUCGAGGCCAUUUCGCAAACAUGGAGUUGUCCCUCUGGCCACCUAUAUGCGAAUCUACAAGAAGGGUGAUAUUGUGGACAUCAAGGGCAUGGGUACUGUUCAACAAGGUAUGCCCCACAAGUGUUACCAUGGCAAGACUGGAAGGGUAUUUAACAUUACUCAGCAUGCUGUUGGCAUUAUUGUAAACAAACAGGUUAAGGGCAAGAUUCUCGCCAAGAGAAUUAAUGUGCGUAUUGAGCAUAUUAAGCAUUCUAAGAGCAGAGACAGCUUCCUGCAGCGUGUGACAGAAAAUGAAAGGAAAAAGGAAGCGAAGGAAAAAGGCACUUGGUUUGAACUGAAACGCCAGCCUGCUCCACCCAGGGAAGCACACUUUGUGAGAACCAGUGGCAAAGAGCCAGAGCUGCUGGAGCCAAUUCCCUAUGAAUUCAUGGCAUAGGGAAACUUAAAAAAAAUAAAGCUGUCUCUAAGACAAAA